AUGGAAAUUGUUGAAGUUCUCAAUAAAAUGAACAAAGACUACCUUAGAUCAGAUUUCGACAAAAAGUUUAUGCUAAGGUCACUAUUUGUGCAAGUUUUGGCAGGAGAUAGUAUUAAUUUGUGGGAAGAUUUAUACUCUUUUGUGACUACAAACUUGGAUUUUGUACGAUCAGUAAAAGAUGAGGCUGAGUUCAGAUAUUUUGCCAAUCGAUCUAUGAAGGAUCUUCAAAUUUCACUUGAUAACCAAUCAGGAGAUAGAUCGUCAAGCCCAACAUUACGUUUAAGAACUAUUUUUGCUGAACUUUCUGAAAUGUUUUCGUACGUGUUAACUACAUGCUCCACAGAAUCAAACAUGGUGUACGAUAGUGAAUCUGUCACUAUUCCACUUUUACCUUCAUGUUACUGCGGUGUCAGUAAUUUUCAAGACGGGAAAUCAAUUUCUGUCGAUAGUAGUAAAACAAAGAGUAAUCAAAGUUCAUUAUUUUGUUUGUUAGGACAGGAAGAUCAUCCAUUGGAAAAUCUUUUACAAAAAAUUCCAUUCGGUAACUCGAAAUACAGAGCAUUUAAUGAAUACAUAAAGAAUUUAUCAAGUAAUAAAUCCGAAACACCUUCAAAAGAAAUUGAGAAUAUGCGCCCAAAUAAUGGUUUUGAUGCAAUCGUCUACUUUUCAGUCUGUAGAAAAAUGGGAGUUUAUGAGUUUAUGUACUUCACCAGAAAAAAACUCGAGAGCAGAAAUAUAUCACCAUAUGAUCUAGAACCUAUUUUAAGACCAAGGAAUGACGAACCACAUUAUAUAUUCAGUACAUUCGGUAUACUGGUCGCGACUGGAACUGAACAGGAGCAUUUAAGUCUCACAGAAUGGUUUUCAGAAGCAGUUUUAUGCGAAGCUUUAAAGAAAAAUCUCACAUUUUGCUACCUUUCAGCUUGGAAACCCCUUUUCACCUGGCGUCAAAUUACGAGAAGAAGAAAAUUCAAACGGAUACGUAAUAUUUUAUUAAAUAAUUGUCUACUUGCAAAUCCUUUAUAUGUUCGAUUAUUUCAGGUAGUUCAAAAACUCUUUGAUUCUCUGGAUACUUUGAAAUUCUUUCCGAAUAGCACGUGUCCAUUGAAUAUGGUACAAUUUUGUGCUCACAUUAACCGAAAUAUACGUUACAAUACUAUUUUAAUAUCACAUGUAACAAACUGUAUAUGUAUUGCAUUAAAAUUUGCAAGAUAUGCUCUUGCUAAACUAAUACGUUAUAAAGAAGAUGAAUUAAAUUGGAACUCUAAAGAAAUCAAUCAAACUAUAUCGAUGACUGAAACAUGGAAAAAAGGUUUAGUAAUAAAAAGUGAUUUAGAACAAUUACGUAACCAAUUGGAUAAUUUUCCAAAUGUAUUACAUUGUAUCCGUUAUCGACUGGCAAGUUCUCUUUUAUAUAAAUUUCAAUCAAGUAUACAAAACUACAUUUAUAAUGAAUUAAAGUUGAGCAGUAUAGAACAGAAAGAUAAACAAAGAGAGAAUAUUAAAGAAGAUAUAAUUGUGAACAAUUCUCGUUUAGUUAUUUAUCCUGUUUUAUUAAAACAAUCUGAGGAACCAAGUCAAUUACUUCUUUGGCCACCAUCUGUCACUAUGGUAACUAUUUUCAAUUUGACAUUUGAACAAUUCAAAGAAUCAUUACAUUUAAACAAAAUCAUAUUAGAAAAUCAACUUACUCAAAUCUAUUUCAAUGAAGAGAAAGAAAUUGAUAAUAUUUGUGAAAUUAUUGAUAAUCAAGUUGAUAUUCAUUCUAUCAUUCAAAUGUUUUAUAAAAAUUCUAAUUUAAUGAAUAGAAAUUAUUUAAAACAUACAACUAUGAUUCCAUGGAAUAGAAUGAAUCCAAAUGGUUUAGAAGUAACCAAUGUGUCUAUUCGUGAUAUGAUUAAUUGUUAUCUACCAAGUUAUACAGAAUUUGUGAAAGGCCUUGUACCUGAACAUCAGUUUCAUCAUAAUCAAUCGAUAUUAUCUGAUAUGGAUCUGGAUCAAUCCCAUCUUAAUAUUAGUGGUCAUAAUUACUUCCCUACCAUUGAAAAUGCAUCUCAAAUGGGAUUACACUCUCUUAUUGAGCAACAAUGUGAAGCGAUGAAACUUUAUGACUGUUUAUUGACUUCAUGGAGUGACAGAAUACAUGAAAAGACGAAUAAUAUAAUGCUAUCUUUACAGUGGAUUAUCAAUAUGGAUGAAACAAUAAAUGAGUUAAGUAUACUAUUAAGGAAUGAAGAUUUACAUACAGAAUUUCAUAAACAUCAACGCUUAUUUCAAGCAUCAUUUGAAUGGGUCAAUCGUUUAAUAAAUCACGUUAAAUAUGAAAGUCUUUUAAAUGACAAUAAUGAUAAUAAUAAUAAUUUACAAUGCUUCAUUUUAAUUGACUAUAAUCCAUUAUUUAAUUUAUUAUAUAAUGAAAUUACAGAGAAAUUAAGUAAAUUAUUUACAAUAUUUAUAACAAUAGUUCAAAAUUCAUUAAUAUCAAUCAAUAAACAAUUGGAUGAUUUUAUUCAAAUACAUACAAAUAUUCAAUCUGAUUUUAAUGGAUUCAUACAAAUUGUUACCUAUUUAAAUCGUGUACAUAAUUGUCAUGUGAAAUUAUUUAAAGACCAUGAUAAUCUAUGUCGUCAAGUUGAAUUUAUACAACAUUUUCAAAAAUGUUUAAACUAUUGUGAAGAAUUAAAAUUCAUUCAACUUGUUAAAUGGUCACAAUAUGAACAGUUUAUAAUUAAAUGGAAAAAGUUUACAAAUCAAAUUGAAUGGGCUAGAAAAAAAUUUCGAAGAUAUCAAGAAGAAUUCUAUCAAGUUUAUGAUAAAAAAGUUGAGGAAACUAUAAAAGAAGUUGAACGUUUAGUUCAUUUACUUACAACUGGCAAAUAUUCUGAUGUUAAUAAUGAUGCACAAAUGAUACUAAACGACAUGAAGGAACCAUAUUGUUAUGUCACAAAAUUGGAAAGUUCUAUUCAUCAACUUAUAGAUCAACAUAAAACUGUUCAAAAUUGUGAAUAUAAUGAGAAACAAUUUGAAAAAGCUAAAAUUGAUAAAAUGAAUCUAUCGUAUUCAUCGAAUAGAUCAUUGAUGAAUACAACGAUUACAUUGGAUAAUACACUUUAUAUUACAGAUAAUUGUCAAGUUAAUUUUAAACAUAUAAAACAAUCAUGUAAAUAUUUUAAUGAAACAAAUAAUAUUUUAUUAUAUAUUGAUAAUGAAAUGAAAAAAGUCAAUUGUAGAUAUGACGCAUGGCAACUAAAUUUGAAAAUUGAUACAUUUAAACAAGAGUUAUAUAAAUCAAGAUUAGGAGAAAUACCUUUAAAUAUGUUCAAUGAGAAAUAUCAAAAACUUGUUUCAUUAUGUAAUCAAUUAAGAAAUGAUGAUGUAAUUGUUCAAUAUGAUACGAAAUGUUUGAAUAAAAUGGAAAAAUUAUUGAAACUCUUAAGUUAUAUUUUGGAUACAGAAUUGUUGUCUUUCUCAUCAGAAUAUUGGAAUCAUUGUUCAAAACUAUUAAAUAUAUCAAUCAAUAUCAAUUGGAAAAAUUGUACAAUCAAUGAUUUAAUCAAUAAUCCUAAGUCUAAUUUAUUCAAACAAGAAUAUCAAUUAAAAGAAAUCAAUAAUAUAUUUCAAUAUUUAUUAUCGAUUUAUCAAAUUAAAACAACAAUUGAAAAUCAAUUCAAAUCAUUAAAUAUUCAAUUUGUAUUAAUGAAAUCACAUUCAGAAUUGAUUAAAUCUAUUCAUUUAUCAUUUCGUAAUGAAUAUAUUGAUCAAAUGAAUCAGGAUAUUUCUGGAAGGUAUUCAUCCAGAAGUAAUCGUUGUACAACAGAAAUUCCCUAUCCAUGGAUAUUCUUGAAUAUUGACAAUUUAAUUGAUAACUUAUGUGAAUUAUCAAGUAAACUUCAAAGUUUACUAGAUUCUGAACUUUUGAAUAGAAUAAAACAAAAUGAAACAACAAAUGAGUAUCUACUUGAAAAUGAUUACUACUUAAUGAAGAAAUUAAAUCAAACAAAGAAUACAUUAUGUAAUAUAAAGUUAAUACAAGAUUAUUGGUUAUAUUUAUAUCGAUUAUAUUCAUUAAAACAAAGUGAUGAAGAAUGUAACUCAAAUCAAUUCAUUAUAUUAACUGAUAAUUAUGUACAUUUGGAAAAUGGUAUACUACUAAAUAAUGAUCGAGUAAUAUCUGUUCAAUCUAUCGAAUAUGAAGAUAAUGAAUUAAUUCAAAUAAAUUGUAUAAAUUUACAAUGUUUUAUUGAAAUUGUUCAUAGUAAAUGGGAUUUAUGGUUAAUAUUAAAGAAUGAUCUUUAUGAACAUGUUAGUAUAUUUGAGAAAUCAAUCUAUGAAAUGUGUGAGACAUUUCCAUUAUUUUGUUUAUUAUCCAAAAUGGAAAGAAUUGAACUCCUGGGUAAUUGGUCCAUUCCAUAUUGUGAUUAUGCAGCUCCACUGAAAUGUUCUGUUGAGGACUUUACUGAUCAAAAACAAAAUUCUUAUCAGUCUUCUUUAGAUACUAAUUAUGGAUUAGUCAAUCUGAAUAAAUGGAUAAAACGCUUAUUUCCAUAUCUGUUAGAUUGUGUAAUAAUAUGGUGUAAAGCAGAGAAAUGUUGGAAGAUUACUAGAGUCAUUAAUGAAUUCCAUCAACAUAUUGAACUAUUAGAUUCACUUAAAUGGAUUCCAUCAAUUAAUCAAUGGUUUACACAAUUUUAUUCAACAUUACAAUUAACAUUCUUAAGAAUGACAUUGAAUUCCUUGUUAAAUGCCGAAAGAAACCAUAAAUGGAUAAAUGAGUCCAUCAGAAAGAAACAAUUAAUACCUGUCAUUAUUUUAGAAUUAACUAUACGAAUUAUGAAUUGGCAAAAAUUAGAGAAAAUUAUAAUAAAAGAAGAUCGAAGAGAUGAAUUCGUUAAAAUAAUAGAAUACUUCGAAGAACAAUUAAAUAGUAUUAUUGAACCAUUGAAAACUAUUCCGUCUAGUUAUGAUAAUCAAUUCAGUUCAAGAAUCGAUCAGUUAACAUGCCAAAUGUUGAUUGGAACAAUUUUGGGAUUUAUUUAUUUAAUACAAGAGUUGAGAAAAGAGUCAAAUUUAGACGAGAAUAAUUUUAUCUGGCAACGGUUAAUUAAAACACAACUUAUCAGUUCAAUAUUGAAUCCUGAAAGGAAUGAGUACUUUUCGAAUGAAUUAAAUGAGUACAAUGAUAUUCCAACAAUUGGGAUCAAACAAUUUUCAACAAUUCAUCCUUAUAAAUGGGAUAAUCAAAGUUUACUAAUCAAUAAUAACACAUUAUAUAUACCGUUAUUAAAUACUUCACAAGAAUUAAUUCAACUUGGAUCAGCGUUGAAUAAUCAUGAGUUUGGACUAUUAAUUGGAUCAUUUGGAAGUGGUAAACAAACGAUAAUUCGUCAACUUGCUUUUUUACUUGGUCGUCGUCUUAUAGAAUUUUCAUUUAACAUCUUCAAUGAUACAUUUGAGAAUACAUUAAAAAAUGAUAUUCUUAGUUGCAUACGAAUUGGUUGUUUAUUUUCAAUAAUGAAUAUGCAUUUUGCAGAUUUUACAAAGAAUCUUCAACAAUCUAUUGAGAACAUUGAUAAAAAUAGUCACAAGUUAAUCACUUAUCAUUGUAAUCAAUAUAUUUCUGAACCGAAACAAUGUUUAUUUAAUCAAAGUAUUAGAAUGGAUUGCAGUUUUGGAUUAUUCGGUACAUAUGAUUCUCGAAAUUUUCAGAAUCUGCCAAAAGUACAAAAACUUUCGUUUCGUAAUGUAACCAUUGGAUGGCCAAAUUAUUCAUUUAUUAUACAAUGUCUUUUCAAAUAUUAUUUACCUGAAUAUCAAAGUUCUUCAAUAAAGCAUAGACUAGUCAAUUUGUUGAAUAGAUCUUUAACAUAUUUUACAAAUGAAUCAGUUCUUCAUUAUAAACAAACAAAUACCUACUACUUGUCACUUUCAACUAUUAUCAAAACAUUUGAAUAUGCUAAACAAUUUUGGUUAGAGAAAUUUAAUCAUCUUCAAGAUAUACGUAAACAUACUGCACUCAAAUCAUUAGUAAUAUUGAGAAAGGAAGAAGAUAGAUUAGUUGAAAUUGCAAUACGAUAUGGAUUAUCUAAAGCUUAUAGAAUAAAUUUAUCUAUGGAUUGUAUGAAAGAUAAUUUCAAGAAAGUUUUAUUACAAUCCAACUUAGAUUUUGAUUGGUUAUCAACCAUUGAGCAAUAUUUAUCUUUAAAUUCUGCAUUACCUUUCAUGUCUGGUAAUGAAGAAUGUUUAAAAUGUGAUGAUAAUAAUCUGUAUCCAAAAGUUUCAUGGGAAUUUAUUUAUCGAUUGUUAAGAGAAAUGUAUGUACGUAAUUUAGAAAUAGUCAGUGGUCAGUUAAUAAAGAUAAUUGAAUUAUGGCAACUAAUAAAUGUAAAUCGUCCAAUUUUAAUUAUUGGCUCAGUUGGAUCAGGUAAAAGUACCAUUUUAAAAAUACUUAUUUCUACAAUCAAUUGGUAUCAUUGUACAAAGAGUAAACAAUUGAAUAAGUAUUUAUCAUCAUUAUCCGAGUCAACAUUAUUAUCAACAUACAAAUCAUCAUCAUCACCAUCCACAACAUCAACAUCAUCAUCAUCAGGAUCGGCAUCAUCUGAAUUGUCAUCAUCAACACCAACAUCAUCAUUAUCAAAACAAUUAAAUUCAUCUUCAGUUUCAAUUGAGGAAAACAGUAACAAUCAAGAAAUAAAUAAUGAUGUUGAUAUGAUGAUAUUCAAUAUACCAGAUCAAUUGAAUUCAUAUCUUAAUAAAUUUAAUCUUAUUUCAACAACACAUUCCAAUAUAAAACAAUUUGAUGUAUAUAAUAAAAUAAUUUCAUUAAAACACUUAUUUCCAUAUUCAAAUGAACAUUUAACAAGUUUGUUUUUAAAUGAUGAUAAUAAUGAUUCUAAAUUAGAAGUGGAUAUAUCAAAUAUGUUUGAAGAAUGGAUAUUGUUAGAUUUAAGUGACCAGUCUAUUGAACAUUUGACAUUUUUAAAUAAUGGUAACAUUUUGAAUUUAUUAAAAGCGGUUAAAACUUUUAAAUUCACAAGAAAAUUAUUCAUAGAAAAGACAACAAUAGAUGAUUUAUCUCCAGGUUUAAUUCAUCAAUUUUCAAUAUUGUCAACUGAAGUUAAUAAUGAGUUGAAUUGGUCACAUAUAUGGAGAAUUUGGUGUAAAACAAGUUAUUUAUCAUAUAUGGUUAUAAAUUAUAUAUGGGAUAAAAUUCUUAAUGAACUAGAUAAUCAUAUCCCAAAAAUAUUAGAUCGAAUUUGGGAGUUAAUGAAUCAAUGGUGUCACAAUGAAAAAGGCUUUUUAAAUAUCAAGUCUUAUAAGAAUGCAUUUUGUCAACAAAGUAUUAAAAACUCUUUAGCUUUGAUGUCUGAACUAUUGAACAAAUACUUUCCAAGAGAAUUAUGGGAAUUACGUAAAGAUGGCAUAAAACCAUCAUCUGUUUAUCAAUCAAAUCUUACAUUAAUUGAUUAUUAUUGGUCCGAAUGGCGAAACAUUGAAGACCAACCAGUAUUUUAUGAAAUCUUGAUAAGAAAUUUAUUUUUAUUCUCAUUUAUUUGGGGUAUUGGUGGUGGAUUAGCUGGUGAUCCAAGAUUAAAAUCACGAUUUGAAACAAUCAUGUUAAGAAUAUUAAAGGAUUUUAUUAGAUUGCCUAAUUCAUUGAAUAUUCAUUCCAUAGACAAUUCAUCAUCCAUAUUAUCUAUUGAAUCCUAUUAUACAAAUCAUAUGAAUUAUUGUACAAGUAUGAAAUGGAAUAAUAAUAAUAAUCUUAAUCAUGAAAAUGAAUAUGAAAAUAUCAAAGAAUUUCAAUAUAGUUUAUUUAAUUGUCUUAUUGAUUUAAGAACUGGUUAUUUAACACCAUUUUGGUAUACAGAUUAUUUACAAUUACAUUGGCCAGAAGAAUAUGAUAUCAUACAUCCAAAUGGAACUGCUUAUCAUAGUAAACCAUUAUUACCAACAUUAUUUCAUCUUACAGUUCAUUUAUUUACUGGUUCAUUAUUCAUACAAUCUGGUCGACCAGUAAUAAUUUCCGGUCCAUUUGGUUCAGGUAAAUCACAACUUGCAAUUGCUAUAAGUCAAAAUUCAGAACGAUCUAAACAAUUAAUUAAUUCAUAUAAUAAUAAUAAUAAUAAUAAAACGGGGAAAAAGUGUACAAGUUCAUUUCGAAUACAAUCAAAUGAUUUUCUACAUAGAAUCAUUUCUAAUUCACAAAAAACUAAUAAUCAAUAUCCAAAACAAAUAUUUGAUAAAAAAAUCAAUUUAAUGCAUAAUGUUAUCAUUUUAGAAGAUGUACAUCUGAUUUCCAAAACAGCGACAACACAAAGAAUAUGGAAUCAAGAAUUACGUAAUCAAUUAACUACUUGUAAUCUUAAUCAUAAUAAUUACUCUAAAGCAAAAUAUAAUUUUAUUCCAAUCUUAACAUCUUUGGAUCAUGAUCAUCAACUACAUUUCUCAACAAAAUUAAAUAGUUUAAUGUAUCAAUUCGCAUAUAUCAGUUUAACAGACCCUUGUUUAUUAUUUGUAAAAGAGAUGAAUAUCGAUGGAUUUCUCUAUGAACAAAAUAUUUAUGGUUUUAGUCCAAUAAGUUUACUUUGUCAAUCAAUGAUGUGUCAUUCAUUGUCAAGAAUAAGUGGAAUGUUAGUUGAGAGAUUCAGUUGGAUAAUAUGGUACAUGCAUUGUGCUUUAAUGAAAGAACGUUGUACUUAUAAUAAUACAAAAGUAGAUUGGUUAAUCAUGCAUAAAAUUGCACAUUCUAUGGGAUACCAUUUAAAAAACUAUUAUCCAUGCAAACCAACUGAUGAAAUCCCAUUGAAUAGUUCAAUUGUAUCAGACAAUAUAAAUAGGCAUAUUUAUUCAAGAUGGACACCUUUAUUGAUAAGUGAAUCGAUUCACCUCAGUUCAAAAAAUCAACUCAGUAAUAUUUUGCAAUCAGUGUUGUUUUUAUGUCAAGAGAUCAAACGAUAUUUUAGUCCAUUAUUACCUAAAGAUUUAUGUUCAGAAUGGUUAUUUAAUAAUUUAUCAAGAUCCAUUGAUUACUAUUUAAUGAAACCAUCUUCAUUAGGUCUUUUAGUUCCAAUUUCAUACCUUCUAUUUGGACCAGCUGGAAGUCUUUUCCUUGAUUCAAAAAUCACCAGACAGUCUAUUUUACAUUUAAGCAAACAUUCUUUGACAAAACUGACAAAUACAUCCUCAUCUGUUGUAUCUCAACGUGUUUGUAAUAAAAGUGGAUUUUCGGUCAAUUCAACCUCCUCUCCUUCUGUAUCUUGUUCAACACUAACAACAUCUUUCAGUUAUUCUUCAUGUUAUUCUAACUCGAUUACCUCUUCGUCUAUACAAACCACAUCUAUAACCGAUAGUUCUUUUUCGACACAAUCAUUCAACACUUUUUCAACAUCUACUCAAUAUAAUUCGAACAAUUAUACUUCAUCCAAUUUUUCCACUACUACAGUAUAUACUUCUUCAUCUGAUUCAUUAGUAUAUGGAUCUUCUUUAACUUCUAUGCCCAUUCUAUCUUCUUCUAUGCUCUCUUUACCGAACUCACUGAAUUCAUUUUUUACUCCACCUACCAUCUCAACAUCAACAUUUCCAACCACUUUAUUAACAAAUGAACUUUCCAAUAUGUCACUCCAGGAGGCUGAACAAGAAAAAAAAGAAGAAGAGAAACAGAUUAUUUCAACUGAAUCAAUAUCUAUUAAUGAUAAUGAUAUAAAUUAUGAAUUUAGUACACAAAUCGAACAGUUAUGUUCGAAGUUGAAUGAUGAAACAGAAACUAGUUUAUCAAAUUAUAAAAGACCGAUCUAUUCAUCAUUCUAUGAAAAAUAUGAUGAAAAGUGUAAUAAAAGUCAUCGAAGUUGGGCAAAGUAUGGUUUAUUAAAUCCUCAUCUUAUACCAUGUAUCAGUUUGCCAGGAUGUUUGGAUCAGACCAAUGAUUUAGAAGCUAUAUUUGUUAAUUUAAAAAAUGACUUAUCUAUAUGUGAUAUAGAAAUCAACAGUUAUGAUUCAAUAUUACAAUAUAUGAUUAGAAAUGCAAUAAAUUUAAUUCACAGUUCAUUAACUCAUAAUCCUUGUUAUAUACUACUGAAUAAUUCUACUAAUUGUAAAACAUAUGGAGUCAAUUUUCAUAUACAAAAACAAAUUAUCAAAUGUAUUAUGAAAUUAAAAAAUUAUCAUAAAAUUUAUUAUACAAAAUGUUUAAUAGAAUUUUUAAUAAAAUUGAAUCAAAAUUCUAAUGAAAAAUUUUGGGAUCAUUAUAAAGAAUAUGAAAUGAUUAUUAUUGAUUUAUCAAAUCAAAAUGUGAACCAGACCUUCUAUGAUGAUGAUGAUCAUCAUCAUCAUUAUAAUAACAAUAUUGAUGAGAUUAAUGAUGGUGAUAAUGAUGAUGAUGUAAAUGUGUUACUUUUAUUGAUACAAAGAUUACAGGAACUACGUUUUGAUUUACCAUGGAAUGAAAUGAAUUAUGAUAAGCUGAAAGGAAUUUUUGUUAUUGCUUCAAAGGAUGAUCAUCAACUCUUACAAUAUAUCUCAUGGGAUUGUGUUAUCAAUUUCAAUGAAAUAACAAAUGAUUUACAACAUAUGAAUAUAGAAUUUAAAAGUAUUACUAAUCAUAUAGAUUUUGAUUCAAAAUCUAUAUUGAAAAAUUUCUUAUCUAAUUAUGAUUUCUUAUUAAACAAUAAUAAUGAUAAGAAUCAUUUCAUUUUAUAUGAAUUAUUCAUUGAAGCUUAUUUAUUAAUUUAUCAUUAUUUAAAUGAAAAUAUCAAUGAUAUUCAUAGACAACAAACAUUAUUCAAUAAUCAAUAUUCAUUCAAUUACAUUAUACAAACAAUCAAUGUUUGGUAUUAUCUUCAAUAUGAUCGUAAUCAACAUUAUAAUAAUCAAUUCAAUGAAACUAAUUUACUUUAUAAUUCAAUGAAGAAUAAUUAUGAUUUAUUAGAGAAUCAAAUCAUUCAAGCUAAUUCUAUAUUAGAAUUAAUGAGAAAAGAUUUAUCUAAUUAUCAAGAGAUAUAUUUACCUGAAGCUAAAUUAAAUUAUACAAAUACAAAUGAAUAUUUACAAUAUUUAGAAAAUGAAAUUUUACAUAAAGAAAAUGAAUUAAUGAAUAUGAAGAAACCAAUGGAUCAUGUGAAGAAAUUAGCUGAAAAUGAAUUUCAUAAAUUAAAGAAUGCUUAUCGUUUAGCUGUUCAAGGGUUACAUAAUUUAUCCAUUGAAGAUUUAGAUGAAAUACGAUCAUAUCGUGAACCACCAGAUGAUGUGAAAAAUUGUGUCUAUUUAAUUUGUAUGCUUAUGGAUGAAGAGGAAAAUUGGGAAAAUGCAAAACACAUGAUGGUUCCAGUCAAAUUUAUUAGUAAAAUCUUGAAACUUUCCAUUCAAUCAAUUAAUAAACAUAAACAUAAUGAAUUAAGAAAACGUUUAAAUAAUUCAAGCAUAUUAACAUUUGAAAAUUUAUUACAGGUAAGUGUUGCUGCUGCCCGAUUAUGUCAAUGGUUAAGAGCAUUAUGUGAUUGCUGUGAUGCUGGAGAACGUUUACAGAAUCACAUUGAUGAUUAUUCUUCAAUUGAAGCACAAGUUAGACGAAAUGAAUCAGCAUUAGGCAAUUUACAUUUAUCAUUACAACUAACAAAAAUAAACAUAGAAAUGGCUAAUAAUCAUUUAGUUGGAUGUGAACAUCAAAUUAAACGUCUUUCAGAGAAUAUCGAUAUAUUAGAUUAUAAAAUUCAUGAAGCUAAAGCAUUGGCAUCAACUAUACAGAGUAAUUUAUCUGAAUUAUACAAUGAUACUAGCAAUCAUGAUGCAACUAAAAAUUUUUCAUUUUGGUUCAAUAUACUCGGAGCAUUGGGGACAGUGUAUUGUCAAACAUUACCGAUUAAGCAUAGAUCUUCAUUGUGGAAUAAUUUCAAAACUCUUGUUUGGAAUAAAAUGAAGGAGGUCUAUCACCAAACUACGAACGAUCAAAAAGAAAAUUUGAUAAUAUGUGAAAAAUUUCUUCAAAAUUCACCAUUGUUUAAAAUUAUUCAAGCAAAACCAUACGAACUAAUGAAAUGGUUUACAUUGAAUAAAAACUUUCCACCAGAAUUAAUACUUUUGUAUAAUAAUCAACAUAUUAGUUAUAUACUUGAAGCUAUUCUAUCUAUACUUACAAUUCUAUGGUCGGUUAGAUAUGCUCAUACUAAACAGUGUGAUAACAAUAAUGUGGAUGAAUCAAUGUUAUAUCUGUUUAUUUACGAUCCAGAUCUAACUGGUAUCAAUGUAAUAAAAUCAUUAUUACUAACAAAAGAUGAUACUGAUGAAAGUGAUAACAUUUCUUCAAGCAAAAAAGAUCAAUUAAUUUGUGAUCUUUACAUAGAUAUGAAAGAAUUUAUAUCCAAUUUUAACUACGCCAUUCAUACAAAUAAGAUAAUCUUCAUUAAUGUGGAUCAAUUUCAUAGUUUUAAUGCAAAAGAAAAUAUUAAUUAUUUAUUAAGAUUUUAUUUUAAUCAAGUCUUCAAUAAAAAUAUAUCCAGUACAAAAAAUAGUCAAAUUGUUUUAUGGACAUCAUUUAGUCAAUAUACUGAAAUUGGAUUUAAAUGUAGACAGAAAUUUUGCCAAGUUGAUUUUAUAUCAAUUGAUUUAGGCUUAUCUCAUUUGGAAUGUGGCAGUGCAUUAACAAGUUGUUUGUUAGAUCUAUUGCCUAACUGUAAUAUUCUUAAUUCACUUCAAAAAUUAAGGAUUCAUGAAAUUGAAACUUUUGAAAAGAUUUGUGAAGAUAAAAUUCAACUAUUGAAUAUAUCAAAUGAAUUAACAAAUUACAAAUUAUUCCAUUCUGAUAUAAAUAAUUCAAUGACCAAUACUAAUUCAAUUCAAUUCAAUGUAGAUUGUUUAAAUUUAACAAGACAACAUAUUGAAUUAGUUAAAAUCUUUUCAAGAUUAUCAAGUAAUAUGAUGCAUUUAAAUGAAUUACAAUUACAACAUGAACAUUUAAACAAUCAACUUAGUAUAUUUACCAAUCAAAAUAAUACAAAUGGAUGUAUCAUAAAUUUUACACGUAAAAUAUCAUUAUUAUUUCAUAGUUUAGAAGAUAUACAAUAUAAAGAUUAUAUUUCAUUACGUUGGCCAUGUAAACGAUUGUGUGAAUAUAUUCUAUCAAAAUAUGAUCAAGGUUUUUAUUCUUCCCAUUUGGAAAAUGUUAAUGAAAUCAACUCUCCAUCUGAUUUAUUUAUCAGUUAUGAACAUGAAAUACAAGAAAUUGGUCGACGCAUUAUACAUAUGUUAUUGGAAUUCUUUCUCAAUUCUUUAAACACUUGGAACAAUCCAUUAGGAUUAAUAAUACAAAUAAAAAUUUCAAUAUAUUUUAAUAUACUUCAAUAUUCUAAAUUAACUAUUUAUGAAUUACAUAAUCUAGAUCAGAUAAUUGAAAUUGAACUAUUUAAACAAAUCAUAUUCAGUAAUAUUUUUACAUGUGAAUAUAACUAUCAACAUUGUUUCAAUCACAAUAAAUCAGAGGUUCUUAAACGCAUUCAACUGUUAGAAGAAAAAUUGCCAACUUUAAAAGGUUUAGAAAAAGCAUUAAUGAAUGAGCCACUAAUAUGGACUGAAAUAGUUGAGACAAAGUUGAAUUUUUUUCAUUCAUUGCCUGGAUUCUCUACGAAACUACCAAUACCUGAAUCACAUGUAUUUUUAGUUUGGAUUUCAAUAAGACCUGACCUAUUCCAUAUCAUAUCAAAAGUUUUCGUAAAUCAUAUAAUGGCUCAACACAUUACAGUAAAUAAUAAUAAAGAAUAUUCUAGUAGAUCAUUUGAAGCUGAAAAGCAUUUACGUAUCGAUGAAUUGUUUCAACCACAAAUUAUGAAAAGAGUACGAAGGUUUUAUUCAAAUGAAAAUGACUUCUCAUCUUCAGUUAUUUAUUUAAUCCUUCCAAACGAACUGAAUGAAUUCAAACAUAAAGAUUUCUUUGCUCAUGAUAAAUCUGGAAAAGUAGUUGUUUCAAAUGGAUUAAUAAAUACAUUGAAUAAGAUGGCGAUAUAUUCAAAUAGAACUUUGUUUCCUAUUGACUGUGCAAAUACUACUGAUAUCUCCUACUGGUUAUCAUUAUGUGGAUCCAAUACAAAUAUACUUCCAUAUCAAAGAGUUUUGAUUGUUCUUCAAAAUGUACACAUUAUUCACAAGAGAAUGGAUAUACUAUUAGAUGAAUUAUUACAAUAUGGUCUUUAUAAUUUAAGGUAUAAACAAAUUUAUCAUUUACAAAAUCAAGAAAAGCUUAUAUUAAUCAAUAAACUUGGAAUAUGUUUUGAUAUUAUAAUUGAUUUCACAUGUUGUACAUCCGAAAAGCAAAUAGUAUCCGUGUACAAUAGAUUACCGGGUUGGUUAAGAUUAAAAUGUCUACCGUUGUUAUUCCAAUAUGAGAGUGAUCAGUUGUUAUUUACUACGAGUUCGUGGAAAGUGACCUCAUUGGUAAAUAAAAAAGAAAAGCCGAUUUGCUAUCCACAGGAAAAUGUCAAUGAAUCUAUAAACGAAGAAAAUUCACAGUUGUGUUUAGAAGAGUCUGAUGGAUUAUAUGAGAAAAUUGAAUCUGACAAACUUUACGAAUGUAUAUACAACAAACAAGACAUGGAUAAACGAAAACAAUCGAUAGAUACAAUUUGGGCUACGAUUGAGAAAGAAUUAAUGAUACUUGAAACAACCUUCAAACAAUUGGAAUCACGUUAUUUAUCAUCAUCGUCAUCAUCACCACCAUCAUCGGCAUCGGCAUCAUCAUCAUCAUCAUUGUCCAUUAAAAAUACUUCACCUAUAUUUAUGUUGACAACUCAGUAUUACGCAUAUUUACGAUCUAUAAAAUAUUAUCAUCAUUAUGCCAGAAAAUAUCCAUCAAACAAUUACAAAUUAUUUAUAUGGUUAAAACAUCAAUUAUUAAUUGCAAAACACUUUUAUCAAUUAAUGAAUUCAUGGGAUAUAAAGAAAUUAAUUGGUUUAACAUUACCAGCUUCAAUUAUUGUUAAUCCUAAAUCAUUAUUUGAUUGGAUUCUAUAUUCUACAUUAAAUAAUUCAAUGGAACAAUAUCAUAUAAUAUCUACUAUUCGAAAACCAGGAGACAAAGAAAUAUUUAAAAAUGGAUUAAUAAUCAAUUCUAUUCGUUUAAUAAUUCAUAGAAAUACUAAAAAGCGUAUUCAUAAUCAAACGGAGUAUAAUUUAAGUAGUCUAUUAAAAAUUACUAAAGUAAUUAGUUUACAAUUAACAACUGUAUCUAAUGAAAUAUUCAACAAAAUGAAUUAUAUCAAUGCUAAAUGGAUUAAAUCAUGGCCUCCUAAUAAAGAUGAAAUAUGUCCAAAACUACCUAUAUUAUUAACAAAUUAUAAUGAAUUAUCAAAGAUUUACAUUAUAACUGAUUACAAUUUGUAAACUUUUGAUUAGAUAAUAUUAAUAAACCAUUUUUUAAAAUAUAUAUAUAUUUCCUUACAGUG